UCCAAAAAGACAGCGGAAAAAAUGUAAACAGUGUGAAAUCUGUAAACCGAAUGCGCCAACCAUUUUCAAUACAACAUUGGACCGAAUAUAGCCUAAGAAAGUGGUAAAUAUAUGUUCACGCGAGACAGUAGAAGUCGACAAACGGAUUGCGAUAUUUUGAGCCUAUCUCUGCGAAAGUUCCAGUUUGGGCUGGAUUUUUCUAAAUAUGUGCAAAAUGUAAUAGUUUACAUAACGAAAGCCUUACUAGUCCUAUUACAUAUAUCUCAACUUUAUUCUAACAUUUGUUGAAAGAAAGAGAACAAUUUAACAAUAACCAAUUAAACAGGAUCAAGUGAAUUAUGAAAUAUCCAUCUGGUGUAAGCAGCAACUCAUGCAGUGAGUUGUCACUAAAAACAAAACCGCCUCAGUAAUUGUGUGAUCCGAACUUCGCCGUUUGAAAUGACAUCAACAGUCUCUACGGAGCCGGAACUAAUUAUUGAUGAAGUUCAUCAUUCCACUCGGGUUGGUUAGCUGAGGAGACGCGCGGCUACCGGAAGAAAUUCUUUAGAAGAACAUCAUGGCUGACUGAAGUCGUGUAGUGUCUCUCCGCCUACGAGAAGAGAAGCCGAACCGAGUCUCCGUCGUAUCUGCGAGGCUCUCUUGGGUGUCGGUUCCCACUCCGAGCGCGAGAGUUCCUCAAGAUGGCAGGGGAACAGAAGCCUCCAAACAAUCCUCUGGAGCAGUUUAUUCUCCUAGCAAAGAGUGCAAAGGGAGCAGCACUGACUGCACUGAUUAGCCAGGUGCUGGAGGCCCCUGGGGUCUAUGUUUUUGGGGAGUUAUUGGAGUUGCCUUGUGUGCAGGAGCUUUCAGAUGGACCAAAUGCUGGAUAUUACCGUUUGCUGAACAUGUUUGCUUAUGGCACUUACCCUGACUACACAGCCAACAAGGAAGCCCUCCCAGAGCUAUCUGCGGCACAGAGGAACAAGUUGAAGCAUUUAACUAUUGUCAGUCUGGCAGCUCAGAUGAAGUGCAUUCCCUAUUCUGUGCUUUUGAGAGACCUUGAUGUAAAGAAUUUGCGUGAGCUUGAGGACCUCAUCAUUGAAGCCGUGUAUACAGAUAUUUUUCAGGGAAAACUUGAUCAACGCAACCAGCUUCUGGAAGUGGACCUUUGCAUUGGCCGAGACAUCCAAAGAAAAGACACAAGCAGCAUAGUCAAAACUCUUCAGGAGUGGUGCAGUGGCUGUGAAGUGGUGCUUUCAGGCAUUGAACAGCAGGUUAUCCGUGCAGAUCAGUGUAGAGAGAACAGCAUCAGAAUAACACAGCAAAUGGACGCAGAGGUUUUAAAUAUAAAGAAGACAUUGAAAGCCACGGCAUCCACUUCUGCCCAAGAUGUUGACCCCCACUUGAUGGACAGGGAUGCAGUGCAGCCUGCAGACCAGAGGCAAACACUAAAAAAGAUUGCCAAAGUGAGGGGCCUUGUGUCCCUCCGACAUUGAGGUUAAAGUGGGCAGCACUGCUUGAAAGAGAUGUGACUGCCAUGCUGCGCCCAUUUAGAUACGGGCAUACACAUACACACAAUUUGAGGGCAGAUGCUCUUUAUAUUGUUUAUUUUAGUUUAAUUUCUUUACUGUGGAAUGUUUUAAAGAAGUCAUUCCAGUGUUGAGAAAAACACUGCUCUGCUGUGGAUGCAAAAAGCUGGGUAUGGAGAGGUGACCAUCUUGCUGACUUUGUAUUGUCUAGAUGACACAUUGUUUCCUGCAACCUGGUGAUGACCCAAACCCAUUUCUAAAUCAUCCUGCUAGAUAACUUUUCCGGUGUUUUUUUUUUUUUUGUUUUGUUUUUGUUUUUGUUUUUUACCCCAGUUCAGAAACAAAGUUUACAUAAGCGCGUAUCCUGGAAACUUGAUUUAUUAAUGAUGUUUUUGUAACAUUUUGUAUUGCAUGUUUUGUUGUUGUUUUUUCAUGUGUGGUUGCUGGCCUUAUGCGUUGUACUUGGCAGCACCAUCUUUCAUUCAGUGUGGGUCACUUUCAGCUCGAGCCAUUUGUUUGCAACAAUCUCAGGCUUGCUACUGAAUGUGCCCAUCAACUUCCCCAUCCCCCAGAUAUUCCCAUCCUCACCAGUCACACACCAGUUCUUCCACUGGCUGUUUUGCUGUUAUUUUUCCCAUGUACUUAAAAAAAAAAAAAAAAAAAAAUUUGGGAAGUAAAGUUAUUUUAUAAAUUAUGCCUUUUUGUCUGCUCAUUCCUAGAAAUUAGUGGUCAAGCCAUUUGCAAACCUCCACUAAGAAAAACAAAAUAAUUAACCUUUUUUUUUUUUUAAAGUUGAGUAUUUUCUUUUUCAGUGACAAGUACGAUGUGGGCCCUACAAGUAAAAAGUUUGGGGCAGUUGACCCUUGGAAGUGAUUCCCACAUCCCUGUUCAUCUUGAAGUCGUAGUGUGUUGCUCAGGAUAGUGCAGGCUUUUUUGUCACAAAUCGUGUCAAUAUUUUUUUGAGACAAUUAUGUCUUAUCAAAAUGUUAUUUUAUGUUUUUUCUCUUUAUACAUUUGAUGACUUUUGUAUAUAUUUAUGCAGUUUUUUAUCCUGUUUUCUUAAAUUAUGUAAAUAUAUUAAAUAUCAUGCCAGCUCCCUGUACUCUCUGGUUUCUUAUAAGAAACAUACAGCCAAGUUGUAUUUAUUUUCUUUUAAUAAUUUCUUGUGUACGGUAUUCUCUUUUACUAAACCUUAAAGAACUCACCAUUUUUUUAUUCAGGCGGUAGCUGACUGGCAAUUGCCUCAUCUUACAGUAAUGUCAAUAGGUGUGUGUGAACAGACAGUUUAGGUCCUCAAUUUGUACAUUGUUUUCCAUAUUAAAUACACCAACUUCCUUCUGCUAGCACUUCUCUUUGGGGCCAUUAACAAUACUUGUGUGAAUUUUGGAAAUCUGAAUUAGUGCCACAGUAGUGCAAUGG